UCUCCUUGCAAUUUACAAUUUCCAAUAUUAAUUUUCUUUUCAUUCACUUCCUAUAAAUUCCUUGUCUUAUCUUUCUCUCCAGUAUAACCCAUAAGAAAAUGGCGAAAGGAAAGACCAACUCGCAUCCCGCCGUCGAUCACCCACCUUACUUUGAGAUGAUAAGUGAAGCUAUAUCUACGCUCAAGGAGAGGACAGGAUCGAGCCAGCCUGCCAUUGCAAAAUUCAUCGAGGCCAAGUACAACAACACCUCACUGCCUUCGAAUUUCAAGAAACUCCUCUCUGUCCAAUUGAGGAAUUUCGUGAAAUCAGAGAAACUCGUCAAGGUUAAAAAUUCUUACAAGUUAUCUUCUACCGAGAAGCUUAAGUUGGCCAUCAAAGAGACCCAGGAAGCAAACUUCCAGGCCAAGAAGCCUAUAGCGCGUAAAGAGAGGACGGAAAAGAAGAUUACAGAGAAGGCUGCCAAGACGAAGAGGCUUAGUCGUGUUAAGACCCCCGAGGUUCUGAAGAAGACAAACAAGAAUGAAAAGCGUGCAAAGAUGAAGAGGCUGAGUCAGGUGAAGACACCAGACGGGUUCAAGAAGAGACGCAAUUCUAAGGUUAGCAAGUAAUUACUUUUGUGGUGAUUAAGAGAAGAAAUUAGGGUGAUUUUGCUGUUGUGCUUGGCUCCAGUUUGGUUGUAGCUUGUAGUUAUGCAUUUCUAUGGUUAAUUUGCAAUUAGGGUUUGUAAGUAAUGUGGGUAUCAGGAAGCCUAAGUCCUGCUACUUCUCAAGUAAAUAGGUAUUUAUGGCUAUAAUACUUUUGCUAAUUAGGAGAAUGAACCAAUUAAAUUAGAAAGUAAAGAAGCCUAUUUUAUUAGAUUAAA